UGGGAGGGGUGGGGGGAGCUGGCGGGAAUCCGGGGCCUGGAGCCCUGAGCCAGCCGCACCCAGUGACUCUCUGCUGGCCCCAGCCAGGAAGGUUUGGGGAGGCCAAGCGAGGGCCCGGGGCUCCCACCCUUCCCGCCGGGUCCUGAGCUGGAAACAAGGCUGCAUUGCUGGGCCUGAGACACCAGACCCUCAGCCUGGGCAGCCGGCCCAGUGAGCCUGAUUGUCCCGUCCGGUUCCAGCCGGCUGUGCCACUGCCCAGACCCUGUGCCCAUCAAAGGCUGUCCUUCUGGGUCCUCUCCCCGCCCACCCCUGUUGCUGGCACUCCGGGGUGGUCUUGCCACAUAGUUCUCUGCUGUGGGAAUUCCCAUUUUGCGCAAAGUGGGGGUGGCCCUUGGCCGGAGUAAGGAGUGAUUCUUGGCCAGGGUGGCACACAGAGUGGCAUAGGGAUUCAAGGCACAGCAACCAGACGUGUCGUGGGCGCAGGGGCAGAGCUGGGGCUUCGGCCAGUUGAGCACCUGUCCACCCCAGUGUGCCCACUGGCCGGCCUGCAGCCCCUCUCCCCCUCCCCCCAGCGGGAUGAGGCCUCCUGUGUAGAGGCCCCUCCUCCCAGUCCAGGCUUCUGGGCCCCUGGGCGAGGGCCCUGCGCUGGGUGGGAUCAGUGGCGGGGCCCCGGGCCCCUGAGCAGGGCCCCCUGUCUCCGUGGGACUGUGGGCCCCCUGCUCUGCUCUCUGCCUGCACCCUUACCAGUCUCCUUGGAACCGUGUGAAGUAGGUCUGGCUUCCCUCUGCUUGGCCCUCAACUCUCAGCUCUCAGCACCUCCAGGGCAGGCAGACCCCGCCUGGGCCAGCACAGCGUGCUGGGGCUUGACUGGCACGGUGCCCUGCCAUGAGCCCAGGACUGAGUGGGCACCGCAGGCAGGUUGGUCCUCCCCUACAGGGACCCAGCCGAAAGCCCACGUGGUUCCUGUAGCUGGUAGUGCCUCCUCCUUCAGGAUCAGGCCAGGGGAGAGCCGGCUCUCCAGAAGCACGACCCUCCAAACAAGCGUGCCCAAGAGGACCCCAGGCCAAGCCCGGAGAGGGCAGGGCGUUCUCUGGGUCCUGCUGGAGUGCCCAGCGGCCCAGCGUAGCUGGCAGGCUCUUAGAGGUGGGGGGGGGGGUCCGGUCAGGAGGGAUGACUCUAGGGCAGAGCAGACAGGAAGGGGAAAGGGGGCAGCGAGCAGGGUUCCUGGGCUGCGGCCGGGGCGCCGAGAGGGGCGGCGCGGGUGACUCAGCAACCGAGACUCACCUGCGCUCUGGGCGGGCUGGAGGUGGGCGGGCCGUCCCGCCGUGGGCGUGGCCUCCGCUGACCGCUCCCCGCCCCGGGUGCCAACCCCACGGUUCCCCGACCUCGCUCAGCCUCCCGGCUCCCCGCCGCCGCGCCGUGCACGCCAGGCCCGCCUGCGCACCCAUGGCCGGGAAGGCGCUGUCGCUGCUGCCGCCGCUGCUGCUGGCCGCCGCCGGCCUCGCCGGCCUCCUGCUGCUGUGCGUCCCCACCCGCGACAUCCGGGAGCCGCCCGCCCUCAAGUAUGGCAUCGUCCUGGACGCAGGCUCUUCCCACACGGCCAUGUUCAUCUACAAGUGGCCAGCGGACAAAGAGAACGACACAGGGAUCGUGGGCCAGCACAGCUCCUGCGCCGUGCGAGGUGGGGGCAUCUCUAGCUAUGCUGACAACCCCUCUGGAGCCGGGCAGAGCCUUGUGGAAUGCCUGAACCAGGCACUUCGGGAUGUGCCUGAGGAGAGACACGCGAGCACGCCACUCUACCUGGGAGCCACAGCGGGCAUGCGCCUGCUCAACCUGACCAGUCCAGAGGCUUCAGCCAGCGUGCUCGCUGCUGUGACACAGACGCUGACCCAGUACCCUUUUGACUUCCGCGGUGCCCGCAUCCUCUCAGGCCAGGAUGAGGGCGUGUUUGGCUGGGUGACCGCCAACUACUUGCUGGAAAACUUCAUCAAGUACGGCUGGGUGGGCCGGUGGUUCCGGCCAAGGAAGGGGACGCUGGGGGCCAUGGACCUGGGGGGCGCCUCCACACAGAUCACCUUCGAGACGGCCAGCCCCGCAGAGGAUCCGGCCAAUGAGGUUCAGCUCCGGCUCUACGGCCAGCGGUACCGAGUGUAUACUCACAGCUUCCUCUGCUACGGCCGGGACCAGGUCCUGCGAAGGCUGCUAGCCAGUGCGCUCCAGACCCACGGCUCCCACCCCUGCUGGCCGCAGGGCUAUUCCACUCACGUGAUGCUCCGGGAAGUCUUCGAGUCACCCUGCACCGCCGCCCAGCGGCCCCGGGCCUUCAACGGGAGCACCAGGGUCAGCCUGGCGGGCAGCAGCGACCCCACCCUCUGCCGCGGCCUCGUCUCCCAGCUCUUUAACGCCUCCUUCUGCCGCUUCUCCAGAUGCUCCUUCAGUGGCGUCUUCCAGCCCCCUGUGGCCGGGAAGUUUAUCGCCUUCUCUGCUUUCUUCUACAUGAUGGACUUCCUGAGAACGGUGAUGGGGCUGCCUGUAGCAACUCUGCAGCAGCUAGAGGUGGCUGUGGUCACCGUCUGCAACCAGACAUGGAGUGAGCUGCAGGCUCGGGCGCCGGACCACCGGGCCCGCCUGCCCGACUACUGUGCGGGGGCGAUGUUCGUGCAGCAGCUGCUGAGCCGCGGAUACGGCUUCGACGAGCGCUCUUUCGGAGGCGUGACCUUCCAGAAGAAGGCCGGGGACACUGCGGUCGGCUGGGCACUUGGCUACAUGCUGAACCUGACCAACCUGAUCCCCGCUGACCCUCCUGGGCUGCGCAAAGGCACGGACUUCAGCUCCUGGGUCGUCCUCCUCCUGCUCUUCGCCGCCAUGCUCCUGGCCGCGUUUGCCCUCCUGCUGUACCAGGCGCGCGCCACCAAGUCGGCGCGCACCAUCUAGGGGUCCCCAGUGCCAAGCCUCCCCAUCUCUAUAUCCCCGCAUCCCUCCCCGACCCCGCCACCAACAUCUCUGUCCCUAAUGCAGCGCAGGAUCAAGACUCAGUGCCCACGCCGACGUCUGGCUGGGACGGGCAAAGGGAAGGGAACCCAGCCCCACCCCCCAACUCCAGCCUUGGUCUCACCUCCAGGCCUCCUGCUCCCCCUCUUACUGAGGGUGGGGGUCCUCAGCCUGUGAAAGCAGAGUUGGGUCUCCGGGAGUGGAGUUCUGAGGGCCCCCUCCCACCCCAGGAUUGGGUAUUGGGGGGGGUCAUGGUCACAGCCCAGGGCCUAUUGGCACACAUUUUUUAACAUUGAAUAAAAGGAUUUUCGUAGAGCA